CCUCAAAUUACAAAUUGUGCAGCACUAGCAAGAAGCAGUUUAGUUACGUUUACUCCGUGCAAGCGCGAUAAAAAACGAAGUAAAGGGCGAAAAACAAGCAAUCUAGUAGAAUAAAUACAAUUAAGUUCUUGCUAAGAUCAUUGCGCAGUAUUAGUGAGCAAAAGAAACCUUCUUAUAGUGGCAAGGGAUCCAAAAAUCGGCAUUUCUAAAAGUUGCGCGUUCACGGUAUGAGAAGCGUGGCGUGUGUGUCGAGUUGAGUUACCUGUAAUUGUGUGCGCUUGUGAGAGUGGAAGUAAAGUCGAGUAAGCUCGCCACCACUUCGAAGUUUGAAAAUAUUGUGAAAUCUUGGACUACCGCCCAUCUGCUAUACUAACUAUACCAUGUCGGAGGCAACUGUGGCCCAAAAGCCGGAGGCGGUGGAAAUAGAGGAGUCGGCUGCGGGGGACGAGAAGAAAACACCCAAACGCACUCCCAAACGCCGCUCGUUUAUUGAGCGGGCGCAGCAGGAAAGCGAGGAGCUGGUGCGAACGAUGGGCGGCAGCCUAGAGUUAGCGGGCGGACGGCGUACACGUUCCAGCACGCGAGGAACGCCGACGCGGGUCGCCGAGACAGUGACGCCGCCGCCCAGUAAGAAAGCCCGAACAUCCCCGGCAUCAGCUACCAAGGCCAGCGCAGGGAAAGGACGCGGGGCACGUAAGCUAGAUGUGGGAGCUGAAGAGCCCGAGCAGGAACCAGAAAAGGUGCCGACACCGGUUAAGGGAAAGGCCGUUCCCAAGAAAGCGAAAGAGGCCAAGAAGGAGGAGAAGUCGGCUAAAGAAGUUGUUCCUGAAGUGGCUGAGGCGGUGACGGAGGCAGAGGCAGAGGCAGAAAAAGAAACAGAAGCACAAGCAGAAAACGAGCCAAAGGAGAAAGAUGCCAAGCCAAUCGAGACCGAAGACCAGCCAGAUGGUGUUGUGGAUUUGCCUGCAGUAGCGGAGGAGAAGCAGAACCAUGUGGAUGAAAUCAAACCAAGCCCAGAAGUGUCUGAUAAGUCAAGCGAAGAAGUGCCAGAAGUCGAGGAACCACCUAAGACAAGCGAGGAAACCUCUGAGAAUGGAGCCACCACAGAAGAAACUCCCGCUGCCACCGAGGAGGCGCCUUCCGCAAUGGAUGUGGACAUUGAUGAGUCGGCCGUCGAAAGCACACCUUCAGUAGACAAAGAACCUGCAUCCGUCAAUGACAAGAAACACGAAGAACCUGCAGUACCCGUUGUGGAAGAGUCGAAGGCGCAAUCGGAACCUGCUAAGGAGACCACACCAGAGCCCAUGGAGGUAGAUGCGAGUUCGAAGAGCAGUUCGGAGACGGCCAAAGUAGAUACCCCAAUCACCGAAGAGUUUAAAGCUCCAGAGGCAGACGCAGUAGAAGAGGCAAAAGAAUCGAGUACUGCCGCCGACGGUCUAUCCACAGAGUUGGAGAAGUCGAAUACAGAUGCGCCCGCUGCUGAAACUGAGGAAGCCAAGGCUGUCGUCGAGUCUGCGGAACAGCCCACGGACACCAGUAUACCUGAGGCUGAGUCCAAGGAAGUCGACAGCACCGAGAAGCCUAAGGAGACAUCUGCGGAGCCCAAGGAGUCAGACAGCACUCAGAAUGAGAGUGUCACUCCCGUCGCCGCCGAGGUUCCCGCCGCCCCCGCCACUAAUGAUGUCCGAAAUUCUGCUGAAGCUGAAACCACUUUGGUGAAGGCGGCUGAGAGUCCGGCUAAGGAGGCACCGGUGAUCAGCGAGGUCAAGAAGGCCGAAAUCAAUGUUAAUGGUGAACCCAAGAUCGUCAACAAUUCCGCCGAAGUGGGCGAGAAUGCAGCGCCAAAGGUCUGUAACUAGACCAAUCCAACCACCGAUGGACAAUCAACAGCUUCAAUUCGUUGCGGAUGUGUACAAAAAGCAUCUUCAGCUCGCCCGCCGAGUUGGUCUGGAUGACGCCCAUUACAUGCAAACAUUUAAGAGUUCCCCCAAACAAAGUUACGAUUUUCUUUUUUAAUUGACCACUUGAUUUCUUACUCAGAAAUCCCUUUAUUUUGAUGAUAGUUUCGUGUCUUCCAGUAUUUGGUUGACGCGAGGGACGCCAUAGGCUGCAAUCGAUGCUGGACUUUCAAUGUUGCAAUGCGUUGUGUGCGUCAGCUAGACAGAAAAGCAAACAAGUAGGCAGUAGUUCCAGUACCCAAACCCUCCCACCCACUUCCCCAGAAAUACACAGAUUGUAAAAUGCAUCUUAAUAUAAUAUGUAUGUGGAUAAUUAAUCAAAUUGGAAUCAAACAAACGAUACAUUGUCGGAAUGUAUGUAAAAUAGAUGUUUUUAAAUUGUAAGACAUAAAACCUUAAUUAUAAACCCAAUUGGACAACACUCAAAACAUAAGAAACUAAAAAGCGAAAAGAUUUUAACCACUGUAAUGCAAUACGACUGCGGCUUUAAGAUACGUAUGUGCAAAACUUUAACCCUUUUGAAUAAUUUUUUAAACGUUUUUCAAGCCCGUUUUAUUUGAAGCAUUUAGACCUGUGUCUACGGAUGAGCUCAUUAGAAACUGUUGUGCUAGGCAAAGGUCCCUUUUAGGCGAUCACUCCUAACUGAAUUCGUAAAUACAUGCUAGAGUAAAGAGUAAACUUUUUCAAUGAAAAAAGGGAGAAACACAAAUUCUUAUAAUAUUAAUAAUUAAUUAAUAUAUACGUAUACACAGCAAAAGCGUAAAUUAGUUUUGGAAGCCGUUGCAACUGAAAUGAUCAGUCAGACCGUUUUUGUAUGUAGCUUAUCUUCUGUAUAAGGCAUUCUUCAUUUGAAUAUUCUUUUGUAAAUAAAUCUUUAAAAAAUACAAGA